AUCGCCGUUCUCACUGAGACUUGGUUAAAUGCUACGAUAUAUGACAGUGAAUUUGUCCCUGCUGGCUACAGUGCACUCAGGAAAGACCGUGGUAGUAAGGGUGGUGGUGUGUGUAUUCUUUUUAAGAACUUCCUAAAUAUAGUGAGCAUGCCUGAAAUACCUGAUACCGAGUGCAUUUUUUGCAAAGCGUACGAUGGUAAAUGUAAAUACAUUAUUGGGGCAUUUUAUAGACCCCCUGCAUCUUCUACGGCUGUUCUUGAUAAUUUAGAAAUGUAUCUUGAUACACAUGUGAAGCCUGGUGAUCGAGUUAUUUUGGCAGGAGAUUUUAAUUUGCCAAACGUUGACUGGUCAAAUUUUUCACUGAAACAUCAAAAUGACAACUUAGGCGAAGCAAUGUUAGACAUGACCUUUAAAUAUGACUUACUGCAGGUCGUUGAGGAUUUCACGAGAAUCCAAGGAAACUCUGCAUCUAUACUUGACCUUGUUUUUGUAAGCGGUACAAUUUCGUCUGAAUCUAGAUGUGAAGUAAUCCCUGGUAUUUCUGAUCACAAAGCAGUAUUGUUAAGCUUAGAAGAUGUUUCUGUAAAUAGAAAAACCAAGUCGAAGUGUUAUCCAAAUUUUUCUCGUGCAGAUGAUGUCUCUAUUAUAGACAUGCUUUCAUUUAAUUUAGACGAUUUUGUAAACAGUACUGGUGAUGUAAAUGAUCUUUGGAAUUUGUUUAAAGUUAUUGUAAGUGAAUGUACUGACCGUUUUGUGCCAGUAAUUGUAAAGAAGCAGAACAAAAAGAACCCCUGGAUUUCUAGAAACGCCUUACAGUUAAAAAGACAAUUGAAACGAUUGAAAAAGAAAAUUAAAACAAGCGCCGACUCGUGUGAGCUGUCUGAAAAAUUUCUUGAUCUUUCUUUGGAACUAAAACCCAAGUUACAGUUGAUAAAAGUUUUCGAAAUUGGUGGUAGCUUAACCCAUGACGAAAAAAUAAUUUCAAACGCAUUUAAUAAACAUUUUAAAUCGGUGUUUACUCAAGACGAUGAUGUGUUACCAAAU